AUGUGCAAUUACAAAGGAUACUACUUCAAAUACUGCAGCCACUACGAAUUCAAACUGCAAACAUUCUGCAAAACCGUCCGCAGAGAACUGGACCGAAUCAACAAUCCAGACGAUCGAGAAAAGUACGAUAUUCCCUGCACACCUAAUCCCCGGUGCCCGCCUCGAGUUCUGCGAUUGAGUGUCGAAGGAGAUGGGGAUGGCUCUAUUAAGCACGUCUGUGGUGGAACGUGGGAGGGGUGGGAUACUAAUAUUGUUUCUUGGGAUGUUGUACCAUUCUGUGAUGGGUGUUGGGAGGAGAUGAGAAUUCCGGAUGUGGAAGUGGAGAUCGAGAUUGAGCAGGGUCUUGAAGGGGUCACGGUUGGAGUUGAAAAGGUUGAGGAGGAUGUUGACUUUGAUAUUGAUUGUGACGAGCUUGGGCUUGAGAAUGACGGUGGUGGACGUUGA